AUUUUCUUCUUUAUUUUUUCUUAAUUCCCCAAAUAAAAACUAAAAAAAAAGUGUGUGUGAAAUAAGAGGACUUGAGGGUCAUCCUAUGCUUGUUCUCCAAGACGCCGUUCAGUUUUAUUUAUUUACAGAUACCCAAAAGGAGAUCUGACAUAGUAGGAAGAGGACGACAAUGGAGUGUGUAUUCGGAAUGGUCGGAAACGGAUUCGCGCUGGUGGUCGCCGACACCUCCGCCGUGCACAGCAUCCUCGUCCACAAAUCCAACGAGGACAAAAUCAUGAUCCUCGACUCCCACAAGCUCAUGGGCGCUAGCGGAGAACCCGGGGAUAGAGUUCAAUUUACUGAAUAUAUCCACAAGAACGUGUCACUGUAUCAAUUCCGGAACGGAAUUCCUCUGACGACCUCCGCCGCCGCUAACUUCACCCGUGGGGAGCUUGCCACCGCCUUGAGAAAGAAUCCAUACUUUGUGAAUAUCAUCCUGGCUGGGUACGAUAAGGAGACGGGUCCUUCACUUUACUACAUCGACUACAUUGCUACCAUGCACAAAGUUGACAAGGCCGCGUUUGGUUAUGGAUCCUAUUUCUCACUUGCGAUGAUGGAUAGACACUACAGGAAAGACAUGACGGUGGAGGAAGCCAUUGAUUUGGCCGACAAGUGCAUAGUCGAGAUUCGGUCUCGGUUGGUUAUGGCCCCGCCAAACUUUGUGAUAAAAAUUGUUGACCAGAAUGGAGCUAGGGAGUACGCAUGGCGCGAAACCGUCAAAGAUUCCGUGGAGCCCACAUCCGAGGCCGCCUAGUUGAGUUGUGCCGAAUCUCUGUUUUAUAACAGUCUCAACAAUGUUGUUAGAUUUUAAGAUGAAGUCGUGGAGUGUUGAACUGCUUUCGAUAUAUACUUGAAAUAUUGUCUUUGAUUCAGUGAUGUUUUAUAAUUUGUCUUGUAGAACUGCGCAAUGAUGGAAGCUUUUGAAUUUUGUUCUUUGUUCACAUCUUUCUCUAAUUAU